AUGGCGAACGGAGACCCCAGCCACGAGGAAGUGCUCGUUGAGAGCAUCAUCUUUUACGUUUUCGCCCUUCUGCUCUUCAUUGGCAGGCUCUGGUCGAGAACAAUCACUGCAGGCUCCAUCAAGAGCAUUUCUUCCGAUGACUUUGUUAUGAUCGUGACGUUCCUUUUCUACACUGCACUGAUAGUGCUCCUUAAUUUCAACGUCCGAUUCGCCAGCAAUCUCAUGCACCCUUCGGAGCUAGCUGGUGUUCUCGCCGAUCCCGCGCAGGUCAAGAGUCGAAUCUUUGGCAGCAAGAUCACACUCGCCGUAGAACAGUGCAUGAUCCACGCGCAGUGGGGCACCAAGGCCAGCCUUCUCAUCCUCUACCACAAAAUGACCCAAGGGCUGCGCGAGAACCUCUUCAACAAGAUAUGCGCCGCAUACGUGCUUCUCGGCUACAUCAUCAUCCAAAUCACCUUUUUCGGCGUCUGGUGUCGCCCCUUCAACCAGUACUGGGCCAUCAACCCAGACAACGAACAGUGCGCCAACUACGGCAACUACUGCAUCAUGAUCCUAGUCUUCAACACCACCUCGGACCUGCUGCUCAUGUGGGUGCCCAUCCCGCUGAUCUGGAAGGCCCAGAUGAAGCGCAAGAAGAAGAUCAUGCUCUGCGCCGUCUUCUCGCUCGGCAUCUUCAACGUCAUCGCCGCCGUGCUCAACAAGACGUACAACUGGAUCCUCCCCGGCUCCCACGUCUACAUGAUCUGGUACGUGCGCGAGAGCAGCACCGGCAUCUACGUCGCCAACGCCACCUGCUGCUGGCCGCUCUUCCGCAAGAUCGUCUCCGCCACCGGCCUCGGCGGCUCGUGGACCAACUCCAUCUCCCACGGCAAGGGCCCGGACAAGUACAUGUACGACGAAUACGGCCACAAGACGGCCUUGGACGGCGGCGCGGGCACGGGAGGAGGGAGGUCGUCGAACAGAAAGAGCACGCUCCGCUCCUCGCAGCACUUCAGCAAGCUGCGGUCCGUUCGCGACCGCACCAUGCACAGCCUGCACUCCAACAGCACGCACAUCGGCGGCGGGCUGACGGCUCACGACGGCACCAUCCGCCGUGGAAGCGCGGAUGGUGGUGGCGGUGGCGGUCGCGACGUCAACGGCAGCCAGGAGGCGAUCAACAGCAGCUAUGGCGAGCACACCUCCAGCAUGCCGCUCGAGAUCUGGCGCCAGGUCGACUACGACAUCGAGUCCGGCCUGCCCCGCACCCCGAGCAUGUACGCCGAGGACAACAAGUACAACGCCGAGGCGAAGGGGGGCGACAUCGUCAUGGGGCUGAGGAACGAUGUCGUGACGACGACGGUGACGGAGGUGAGGGGCGGUAGGGCGGCGAGGGGGCAUGUUGGGAGGAAGGAGAGUGAGGGCAGUUCGAGUGGGGGGAGUGCGGAGGAUGGGAGGAGUGGGAGCGCGAGCCGUGCGUCGAGUAGAUGA